CCGGUCGUUUUUUUUUUUUUUAAACAGAAUGUUCGUGAUUCUUAAACUUUGAGGUCAGAACCCUGUAGGGGUUCAGGUUUGGGUGCGGAAAAAUCCGCUUGUUCAAAAAUAAAGGAACCGAAAGCAUUUAGUCGUAGUUAACAAGAAUGGUUUCUGCUGCCAGUACCGAGUUUGUGUGUGUUGGAUGUACCUGCGUCUAGCUGCACGGUUCGUGUAUGCUUAGGAGUGGGUUUAUUUUCAAAAAAUUUUUAUUGGUUAAUUAAGUAGUAGUAUUUUUAUUACCUUCAGUUUGCUACAAGGUAUGUGUGCUUGCCACAGGGAUACAGAGAGAGAGAGAGACAGAAUGUGAGGAAGCAAGCCAACAGGCCUGGGAGUUGAGCCACAGGCAGCCACCUGGGAGUCCAGCACCUUCACCAGUCGGCUGCUGGCCCCACAUACUGGGUAUUUAUGCCGGUCAUACAUAAUUAUCAAAAACAUCCAGGUUCUGUGCUACCUUGAAAAACUUUUCUGGUUAAUCUUAAAUUUGGCACAUGUGGGUUGACACCUGAAUUGUCUCACAGAUAUGGACAGAUGAAUAACUUUAAAUUUUUUCUCGUUUUUUUGCCUUAGAGGUGCAUGGGCUGGCAGAGAGAGUACUGAGAAACCAUUCUCCACAGGGGAGGAGAGGACCACCUGCAAUCUCCUCGCCUCCAUUCUGCUCCUGGGAUUUGGGGCACAUGGGUCAGGUGCCACUGGGAACUCCAGCUGUGGUGCUAGAAAUAGUUAAAUAACCAGCAACUAUUUCCUGGACCUGACUGAUUUAUAACUUCACAGGAAACAAUGGAAAGCCAAGAAUUUGUUGUUCUGUAUACUCACCAGAAAAUGAAGAAGUCAAAAGUAUGGCAAGAUGGAAUUCUGAAGAUUGCUCACUCAGGAAACAAAGCAAUUUUAUAUGAUGACAAAGGAGCAUGUUUGGAAAGUCUCUUUCUUAAGCUACUUGAGGUGAAACCUGGAGAUGACUUAGAAAGUGACCGGUACCUAGUCACCGUGGAGGGAGUUACCGUUGCGGCAAGUGUAACUGUUGAACAGGAUGCUGCUAAAGAAGCCCCAAAGUCAAAUUCAUGGAAGCCGGUACCUAGCUGGUCUCUCGGGCGUCAGCCUCCUGGUGUAAAAAGGAGGUUCACGGGUUUUCAAGGACCACGUCAGAUCCCAAAGAAAAUGGCUAUUGUAGAACAUGGAGAACCAGCCACAUCACUGGAAGCUGAGCAACCUGGACCCACGUUUGUCUCUUCCCUCUGUAGCUCCUCUCCUUCGUUCGGUGCUGGCCGCAGAGACGGAACGAGUAUGGCGGCAGACCUAGAGUGCGCCAUCACUUACAGGGACAGAGGGAGAGGUAGCGUGCCGCCACCAACUGUUCCAGCUGCACCCUUCAAGGUUCGCCCAGAAGGACGUGAAGAGAAGUAUCUCUGCUCUCCUGUUGGUCCUGGAGAUAAACUUCCCGACUGCGGACUGCCCAUUGCAAGCGAUGGUUUCGCAUCUCACCGUUCAGGAGUCUCACAGCACAUCAGAAGCAGAGCCCGGAUACUAGCUCUUCUGAAGCCCAAGUCAGCCAGCACACGCCAGGAGCUACACCCUUUGAUCAGAGAAUGUGGUCCUCAGGUACAGCUGCAGGGGAGGGCAGACGCUCCUGCUGCCCCCAAGGGCCUGGCUCACCUGGGUGAGCCUGCAGAGGGCAGGAGCACAGAAAUCCAGCAUGGCCAGCACCCCCCAGCAGGCAGGGGCUCUCACAGCCAGUGGGCCACAUGUGUGUCCUCACAGAAUGCUCAUUCUACAGGCGGUGCAAGUGAAAGAGGAGGAGGUCCUGAGACCCAGGGAGAUGAUGGCAACUUGAAUUUCAAAGACUUUCUGGUACAAAAUGAAACUCGUCUCGCAAAGAAAGAGUGCUGUGAGGGUGAGCCAGUUGGUAAUAGCAAUGGACCUUGGGAUCAGAAGGUGAAAUUAGAAAGUCCUUCCUUCUGUGACGGCGACAGCUUGCUGGUUACCUGUAGCAGUCCGGAAAGUGAUCGUUUAUUAUCAGGGUCUGACAUUGAAGAGAGUAGUGAAGCCCUGUGUAGUCAACAUGACAAGGUGUGUGUAAGAGGACCCAUUUUCAUUAGAGAAAAGGCUGAGGAGGUGAACUUGUGCAGAAUGUUAGAAAAGGACUCUGAACAGCCAGUGUCAUCUCUGCCAGAGUCUGGACAGCUGCAGAUCGAAUCUCCAAGUGACAAACCUGGAAUUUCCAGUAUUAUGGACGUGUUUUCUACAAGUGACACUGACAGUGAAAGGCCUGAUAGCGUCUAUCAACCUGUAAGUGACACAGCACAGCCAUUUUUGGAGGUAACUUUUAAUCUGAGCAACUUUGAUCCCAGUGACUCUGAGGAGGAGUCACAGGGAACCAGAGCAGUUUCCCAGCGUCCGGACAGACAGGUGAAGGAGAGUUCAAUUGGUGACAUUAACUCAUGCGUUGAAAAGAGAUGUGAGGUUAUAAGCCACCCAGAAAUCAACAGACGUUUGCCACUUGUCCUGAGCCCUGGUGGCAGCUCUAUGGAGACUCUUCCUAUGGAGCGGACUCUGCUGUCACAGUUUUGCGAUGAGAUUUGUGUGGGUUUUGAUGUGGGACGACGUAAAACUGGAAAGACUGGAAAAGAAGCAGCGGCGAGCAGGGAAACAGUAAGUGGGGUGGACACGGUGACUGCUGGUGUGUGUGAGGGUGACAGAGAAGGUGCCAGUGUGUGCGUCCCCGAGGUCCCAGGUAACUGUGGUCUCACUUCACACCUGAAUAAACCUAAAGGCACAAACACGAAUUGGCAUGUUCCUAAUUUUUUAAACAGAACUACUAACCAGACUCCUGGGAAUAACCUAUUUCCAGAAGAUGCUCGGCCCCAGGCAUUUAUUUUGGCAAAUGACUUAGAAGGAAGUGAUGAACAGGGUUUGCUGUCACCCUGUAGUAGUGACCACAGCACCCAGCUGUUAAAUACCACUCAGGCUCACUCUACGUGUAUUGCACUUGGCAAAUCAGAUACCCAAGUUUCCAGUUCUUUGUCUUACCGUCUGGGAGGAAAACAUUGUAUGCCUAAAGACACAGAAGCACGUCUUUCUGAAUCUGAAGAUUUGGAAAUGAUUAGAUGUUUACCUCCUGAUAAUACUGAAGUCGGAACUGCCAGAAAAAGCAGACAGUAUUGGAGUAAUGCUGGAAAUUCUUCAGAAGUUUCUGGAUUAGUAAAUAACAUGUCUCUUUUGAAAUCACUGUCUGCGUAUAACUCAGCUUUGGACAGCUUGGAGAUACUGACAGAGGAGAAGACUGCCUUUCGCCAUCACAGAUCUCCGCAGAUACAGGAGGCAGAGAGCAGUCCUGGAGCCUGGAAGCUAACUGCUGCAGCGGGCUCAGACGCUGCUCUGAAGUCUCGUUUCAACCUGGAUUCUCAACAGGCGACGUCGCCAGGACAGAUCUCUGCCCUGAGCCCUCUCUCUGCCUUUCCUUUGAACUCGAGAGGUGAAGACCACGUGCCAGAAUUCUCUGAGGAGUCCCUGAGAGCACGAGCAUUGCCUGGUGACCUUCGCUUUCUCCCCCGGGAGGGCGGCAUGGGACACUGCAGCGCCCUGGAGAGUAGGAGCCUUCGCAGUCCACCGUCAGUAAGUGGAGCCCGAGUGUCACCCGAGGGCAGGCUGCCCAGCUUGGAUGCUGGCUCCUGGCCAGCCAGUGGUACCCCCCCGGCGUCCUCGCACUCCCCGCUCCGUUCCUGCCAGGAGUCUGCAGCUCUUCCCUUCCACUUUGGGUCUGAGGAGCCGUGCGAGGCGUCCUUCUCCAGGGGGCCUGGCGGGGGCGCUCCAGCAGACACGCCCUUUCUCAGUGAUGUGUGCCCUCAAAGCAAGUGGGUGAAAUACCGGAGCCCCGCCCCACACAGCCCGGCCACUCCAGAAGGUCCCGACCCGGCGGAUGGCACCCCUGCAGAGGCCCUUCCUGGGACGUGCCUGCAUGGUGCAGGGGGAGGGCAUGGUGCUGCCGUGAGCGGGAGCUCUUCGGACUCUGAGCGUGUGCAGAGGAUCAAAGGUGUGCUCUGUCAGCAGCAGCAGGACUUGGGCAGUCAAGGCUCGCUUUCUAGCAAGAAAGCUCUUGUUCUGCCUUUAAAGCAGACUUCCAGGACUGAGGACAUUCAGACUGUGUUGGAAGGGUCUGCCUGCUGGGACGGCACGAAGGACCUACCGGCAGUCGGCAGCUGGGAGCUGUGCUUCCCGAGUGGGCAGAAGACGAGACCUGCCCGUCUCCCACAGAGGCACGUCCGCGUCCCAGCCGCUUUCUCGUCUCCGGCCCACUAUAAGCAGACGUUCACGUCUUGUCUCAUAGAACAUUUAAAUAUAUUGCUGUUUGGUUUGGCACAGAAGUUGUACAAAGCUCUUUCAAAAGUUGACAUAUCAUUUUACACAUCCUUGAAAGGAGAGAAAUUGACGAAUGUAGAAAAUAAUGUGCCACCCUGCUGUCACGAUCAACCUGCAAAGCUCGUCAUGGUUAAAAAGGAAGGUCCCAAUAAGGGCCGUCUCUUCUAUACAUGUGGCAGGGCCAAAGCUGAGCGAUGUAAAUUUUUCAAAUGGUUUGAGGAGCUGACUUCAGGGAGCUCAGCACAGGGAGACUCGCGGCCCAGCCUGGUUCUGACAGACGUCAGGAGUGUCGCCAUGUACUUACGGAGUCAGGAGCUACCACUCUACGAGGAGUGCCAGCUUUCGGUGAGAAAAGGAUUUGACUUUCAGAGAAAACAGUAUGGCAAACUAAAGAGGUUUCCUUCUGUAAACCUUGAAUGUUAUAAUGAACCAAAAGAUAAACUUUAUCUUAAGCUGAGUCGGAAGGAAAAUUCUUCAAUUUAUAGUAAAGAUGACCUCUGGGUGGUCUCAAAAACCCUGGACUUUGGGCUGGACACCUUCAUUGCAUGCAGUGCCUUCUUCGGACCGUCCUCUGUCAACGAGGUGGAGCUGCUGCCUCUGAGAGGCUACUCUCCUUCUGCCUGGCCCACCAAUGCAGUGGCGCACGCACUGCUGGUGGGUAACGCCAGCACAGAGCUGACUGCCUUGAGGAACCUCCGGGACCACUUCACUCCAGCCACUCUCCCUUUGGUGCCGCACCUGCUGUCAAUGUCUUCAUCAGCUAUCGUCAGCAACAAGAGAGUCGAUAAGAGAAAAUUUAUCCCCCCUGCCUCUGCAAACUUCCACACGAAACGCCAACUGCUCGGCCGCGGGGCAGCGGUGCAGUUAGCGACAGAGUUCAUCCAGGCGCACGGGCUAAACCAGGGCCAAGCUGCAAGUCUGACUCGGAUAGCUCAAAUGAUGGCGCCCUGCGAGAGUGCGGGGGGGCAGGCGCCUCCGCCCCCCAUCACCAUCAUACACGGCGUUUUUGGAGCAGGGAAGAGUUACCUCCUGGCAGUGGCAGUCCUGUUCCUUGUGCAGCUUUUCGAGAUGAGUGAAAUGCCUACAGUGGGGAAUGCGAGGCCGUGGAAAGUCCUGAUUUCCUCUUCCACAAACGUGGCCGUCGACAGAGUCCUGUGUGGACUUCUCAGUCUCGGAUUUGAAAAGUUUGUCAGAGUUGGGAGUGUUAGGAAGAUUGCCAAGCCUGUUUUACCUUACAGCUUGCACGCCGGCUCAGAGAACGACAGUGAGCCUCUGAAAGAACUGCAGGCCCUGCUGAAGGAAGAGCUGUCGGCCGCGGACAGAGCCUGUGUGCGCAGGAGCAUGGAGCAGCACAGGCUGGGGGCCAGCAGGGCCCUGCUGAGGCAGGUCCGUGUCGUCGGAGUCACCUGUGCGGCCUGUGCCUUCCCGUGCAUGCGUGACCUCGCCUUCCCGGUGGUGCUGCUGGACGAGUGCAGCCAGGUCACGGAGCCCACCUCUCUCCUGCCCAUUGCCAGGUUUGAGUGUGAAAAGCUGAUUCUUGUUGGGGACCCCAAGCAGCUGCCUCCUACUGUUCAGGGCUCUGAUGCGGCUCAUGAGAGUGGAUUGGAGCAAACACUCUUCGACCGACUUUGCUUAAUGGGUCACAGGCCGGUCGUGUUGGGCACGCAGUACCGCUGUCACCCUGCCAUCAGCGCGGUGGCCAGUGAUCUGUUCUACGGGGGCCGACUCACGGACGGCGUCUCGGAGGCAGAGAGGCGCCCUCUGCUGGAGUGGCUGCCGACCCUGUGCUUCUAUAACGUGGAAGGGCUGGAGCAGAUGGAGAGAGACAGCUUCUACAACAUGGCCGAGGCUGCUUUCACGCUCAAGCUAGUUCAGUCCCUGGUUGCAAGUGGAGUGGCGGGCGCCAUGAUCGGGGUGAUCAGCCUGUACAGAUCCCAGAUGUGCAAGCUUGGUCACAUCCUCAGUGCCACAGACCCCCGCCGGCCCAGUGUCACUGCUGUGCAGGUGUCCACGGUGGACGCUUUCCAGGGAGCUGAGAAGGACGUCGUCAUUCUGUCCUGCGUGAGGACGAGGCAGGUGGGCUUCAUCGAUUCAGAAAAAAGAGUGAACGUUGCAUUGACCAGAGCUAGGCGGCACUUGCUGAUCGUGGGGAGCGUAGCCUGCUUAAGGAGAAGCCGGCUGUGGGGCCGCGUGAUCCAGCACUGUGAAGGUAGGGAGGAUGGUCUGCAGCAUGCGAGCCAGUGUGAGCCCUGGCUGAACCAGCUCCUCAGCGAGUACUCUGUGAAACAAGCUGGAGAAAACCAGAAGAAAAAGAGUGGAAAAGAAACGUCUAAAGACAAACCUCCCUCACAGAAAGACACGGCCCGGAGUGUCUGUACGCACACCCACUCAGACCCGUCCCACACUGCAUGUUGUUAAUGUUUUCUUCAUUUCAAGACUCCUGUUACAAAAGGCUUGAUGACAACUGACUCCCAAAUGGCCGGUUGCACAGUUCAAGUCCCAGACCUAGCAGCUGGAAAAACAUGCCAGACUCAUGUGCACGUGUGCCCAAAUCUUGAGAGGAGGAUGGAGAAGGGACUGUGGCGUGGCGUCCCUCACUUUGUCUCUUUCCAGCAAGUUCACGUGCCCGACAGCAAACUGAAGCGUACACACACACAGCGUUAUAAUAUUUCAAUAACAUACUAAAUAAACAUCUAAAAUACUUGCUCCUCAUUGGGCCAGCAGGUGGCGUGGUGGUUAAGGUGCUGGAUCCCACAUAACCAGCUGUGUGGUUCAAGUCCUGGACAUGGCUUGAGAAACAUGCUAUAUGUAUGUGUGUGUGUGCCCUAACUCCAGAGAGGAAACAGAGAAGGGACUGUGGCGUGGCCGUCUUCCCUGGGGGAGUGCUUUCUCUCUUUCUGGAGUGCACCCUAUAGCAAAAGACUUAAAAAUUUUGCUAUUUGAAAGUAUACAUUCUUUAUAUUAAGAUA